AAGUCAAAAUCAUCAAACCCCAGCUUGAAGAAAGGAGAGACUCGGGAAAAUCUGUAGCUUGAUCUCACUCUCUCUCUCUCUUCUAGUUCUAGCACGACAAUGGCGACAACAGUGAUGACAUCUCUCCCUCAGUUCAAUGGCCUCAGACCCGCUGCUCCAGCGGCUCCUGUGCGAAGCCUGGCUGCGGUCGUUCAGCCGAUGAGGCGCAAGGGAAAGGGAGCGCUGGGGGCUCGCUGCGACUUCAUCGGUUCGCCCACUAACUUGAUCAUGGUGACCACAACAACCCUGAUGCUGUUUGCUGGGAGGUUCGGGUUGGCGCCGUCGGCAAACCGGAAGGCCACCGCCGGGCUGAAGUUGGAGGCGAGGGACUCGGGGCUGCAGACCGGCGACCCGGCCGGCUUCACUCUAGCCGACACCUUGGCUUGCGGCUCCUUCGGCCACAUCAUCGGUGUCGGGGUUGUUCUUGGCCUCAAGAACAUAGGUGCUCUGUAAAAAAAAUAAGGCAAAAUGUUGAGGAAGAAAUUCCCCCUAGUUUUUGAUUUGUUUCGUGAAUCUCCUGUCCAUACUUUUAUUCUCUCCUACUAAUAUCAAAUUAAAAUUUUCCCGAA